AUGCCUCUGCAUUGGCAUCCUUGCGGUCUUUUGAACGGCAAACCCACCCACCCCUACGCCAUUAUCGUGCUGAACCAGCCCGUGAACGAACGGGCGUUGGACGCGGUCAUCGGGUCGGCCUCGCUCCUCGUCUGUGCGGAUGGCGGAGCAAACAGACUGUACAAGUGCGAGCAUGACAACGGUCACGGCCACGGCCAUGUCGCCAAGCUUGUCAACGGAUCUCAGACGCCAUCGCACGUCUCUCACCGCUUACCAGACGCUAUUGUGGGCGAUCUAGACUCGCUGGAGAAGGAAGUGGAGGAGUAUUACCGCUCAUGCGCUGUUCAAGUGGUCAGAGAUCCGGAUCAGUAUUCCACCGACUUUACAAAGUGCUUGAAGUAUAUCCGCAAGUGGGCAACAACACAUCGACAACACAGCCAUGGCGAAGACGAUACAUUGGACGUAGUCGUCCUAGGCGGGCUCGGCGGCCGCGUCGACCAAGGCUUCUCACAGAUCCACCACCUCUUCAUGGCCGAGAACGAUCCCUCGCUGUUGAAAGGGCGAAUUUACUUGUUGUCAGAACAGAGCUUGUCAUUUGUUCUAUCUUCAUUCUCAGCCGCAAGCUCUAGCAGCACCACGUCCGAAGCCCGUAUCGAUAGGAACACAAACAUCAUCCAUCUCGAACCCGGCUACUUUGCCGAAAACGUGGGCAUCCUCCCUGUUCUCGGACGGACGUGGUUGACGACUAGAGGUCUCGAAUGGGAUGUAGAGAAUUGGCCCACCCAGUUUGGCGGCCAAUUGAGUACCAGUAACCAUAUUCGAGCCGAUAAAAUCGAGAUUUCUUUCGAGGGACCAAGACCUCUAUUCACUCUGGAGCUGGACAAACGUCUUACGACUGCUGGCCAUCUAGGCUUCCCCUGA